UUCUUCGCCAGGAGAAGGUAUAUAAAACGCGUUGCCAGUUCGUGUUGUUCGUGGUUCGACGCGUCUUCGGUUUUCUGUGAAGAGAUUGUGAGAGUGUGGCGCGACACAAGACAACUGCCCCUUUUUCUUUAUUUUUCCCGAUCGAGAAAUUUUGUAAACGUUUUUAGAACUGGAAGAGAGACGUUUCUGCGUUUACAAUUGGGGAAAAUGACAUUGAAAGAGAAGCCUGGUCAGGCAAAGGCAAUUGCUGAGCAGCCUCAUGGCUAUGAGUUCCUUGGCCCACCUGGCGCCUUUGUCAUCUCGUUCGGUCUUCCGCUGCUUGUCUACGUCUUCACUUUCUUGUGUAAUGACAUCUCAGGAUGUCCUGCGCCCUCGCUUCUCCACCCUUCGAGCCUGACUCUUGAUCAAUUGAAGACCGAGGUGGGCUGGACUGGCUUCUCUGGUCUGCUCAAUACUCAGGCUGUUCUUGGCACGCUGGGCUACUACCUGCUCAGCCUGACUCUGCAUGCCUUCCUUCCAGCUGAUGAGACCGAGGGCACCGAGCUCCGGACUGGAGGCAAACUGAAGUAUCGCUUCAACUCCUUCAGCUCUGCCGUCCUCAUCAUGGUAGGUCUCGGUGCUGGAACAGUCAUGUACGGCGCUGAGUGGCCAGUUUGGACCUUCAUUACUGAAAACUACGUUGGCAUCCUCACCACUAACAUCUUGAUCUCCUACUUCUUGGCCACGUAUGUCUACCUCCGCUCUUUCAGCGUCAAGCACCCCAAGGACCCAAGCGCUCGUGAGCUUGCCGCCGGUGGGCACACCGGCAACAUCCUGUACGACUGGUUCAUCGGCCGGGAGCUUAACCCGCGCAUCACGGUCCCUAUGUUUGGUGAAGUCGACAUCAAAGCCUGGUGCGAGCUGCGUCCGGGCAUGUUGGGCUGGAUCAUCCUGGAUCUCGCCUUCAUCAUGAAACAGUACCGCAACUUUGGCCGCGUAACAGACUCGAUCCUGCUCAUCACCGUUGCGCAGGCAGUGUACACCUUCGACGCACUCUUCAUGGAACGCGCCAUCCUCACCACCAUCGACAUCAUCGCCGACGGUUUCGGCAUGAUGCUCUCCUUUGGCGACCUCGUCUGGGUACCCUUCACGUACAGCAUCCAAGCGCGCUACCUUUCCGUUUACCCCGUCGACCUCGGGGUGCAGGGUAUCCUCGCCGUCCUUGCCGUUCAAGGCACAGGCUACUACAUCUUCCGCUCCGUCAACAACGAGAAGAACCGCUUCCGCACCGACCCAACCGACCCGCGUGUCUCGCACCUGGAAUUUAUCGAAACCGCCGCCGGCUCAAAGCUUCUCGUCUCCGGCUGGUGGGGCCGUGCACGCCAUAUCAACUACCUCGGCGACUGGUUCAUGAGCUGGUCAUACGUCCUGCCCACCGCCCUGUCCGGAUAUGUUAUCCAAAACGCGGUCCAACACCCCGUGACCGCGACGCAGACCGAUGCAUUCUUCUUCCGUAAUAGCUACGGAACGUAUGUUGUGCCUGGAGAGGCCAAGGGCUGGGGCAUGAUCUUCACGUAUUUCUUCAUGGUGUAUUUUGCCGUUCUGCUCAUUCACCGCGAGAGGAGAGACGAAGAGAAGUGCAGGAGGAAGUAUGGCAAGGAUUGGGACAAGUACUGCGAGUUGGUGCCGUGGAGGAUUGUGCCGUACGUUUACUAGUGGAAUGGGGUUUUACGGCCCGGUUUGAAAAGACAGGGGGUGCGACGCUAUCAGAGCAGGUGGUUCUGGUUAAAGACGUGCAUCUCAAGGCAGCUGGAGAUGAAAUGCUACCGCCAGACGGUUGAAGACAUGCAUCUUUCCAUUUCUUCGUGUAUUAGUAUCGGGGACUUGAGUUGUAUCAUCAAAAAGAAGGGGCGGUAAUACGGACAUAGAUGCGACGCUACUGCCUCAGGGCGGUUGAAGACGUGCAUCGAAUUAGACAUAGAAAGAGUAUGUACAGUAAUUAAUGGACUAGACACAAGCAAGGCGCGUUGAAAGUGCUUCCAGCCCAAUUUCCAUGGCUGAAUGUUUGGUAAGGUGGUUAUUGCGCACCCACUUGAUUAAAUUCAUCUCUUGCAU